UUUUCCAUUUGUUUUUGGUCUUUGGAUGAUUAAGCUGCUUUGUUAUGAUAAAUAUUCUAAUUUUGUUGUUUUAAUAAUAACCAGAGUAUUUAAAUUACAUUAAGUAUAUCUUAGAUUUUAUAACAAUACAAUCAGGAUGCCUUCAGGGAUACCACAAAUUCCAAAUUUUAAUAUCAAGGUAAUAUUCUUAGUACACUUCUUAUUUAUUUCAAUAAGUUGUAUGGGAUCGUGGUCAGGCAACGGCUUUUUAUUCUAUAACUCGUUAUUAAUAUUUCUCCUGCUGUGGAGUAUAUUCCAUUCUGAAAGUCAAGAGCCCUUACAGUUGGCUAUUGUUAUUGAUGGAUUUUCAGUAAUGUUAGAUAUAAUAUUACUAAUUAUGAACUUCCCAACGCGUGAUGAUAUUCUCCAUUAUAGUGCAGGUAAUACAUUUUCAGCAGCAAUAGCAAUAAUACAUUUGCUAAUAAGACCAGUAUUAACCUACCUGUUAGUAAGGAAUCUCGAAGAUAGAGGAGGAAACACAGGAACUAUAUCAAAUAUGUUUGCUGCUAAUCGAACUGAAUCAUACGAAGAUAUAGAUAGACCAUCUCCUGCUUCACAAAAUACUGCACAAGAUGGGUAUACUUUUGCAUCAGCUCAGCCCAUUUAAUCUGUAUCUUUUUAUUUAGACUACCAAAUAACUAAUUUUCAUUUAUAUUAAUAAGAAUAUAAGUUUAAUUUCUUCAUUACAUUAUAUGAAUAGUAUAAAUAAUUUUACUCAAAUAGAA